AUGGCAAAUCAUCUUGUAAAAUCUGAUUCUAGAAAUUGUAAGAGACCAAGAGAAGUGGAGACUCAAGUACCAGAUAGUCCACAGCUAUCCUCUCAUGGAAAAUUGGACUCAUCUUUUUCUGAAUGUUCUCCAGAAUCCCUGGAGAAAGACUUGAGUGAUAUAGGCAAGGAAGGUAAUUUGCUGUUAUCUACCUAUGCAAGGACUUUAAGUGAGAGAGCAGCAGUAGAUGCAUCUUACAUUGAUGAGAUAGAUGGACUCUUCAAAGAAGCCAAUACUAUUGAAAACUUUCUAGUACAAAAAAGAGAGCUCCUGAAACAGAGGUUUACAAUGCUUGCAAAUACACUGCACAGAUAA